AUGUCAUCUGGAAGUAGUAUUGCAGGUGCUCCAAAUAUGGAUCCUCAUUUGAGAAAGAAGGACGAAAUGUAUCCCAUGACAAAUCUGGCUUUUGGUGCGACUGAUCUUCAAAGAAAGUACAAUGAAAUCAUUGGUCCAUUGACGCUAUUUGCUCCAUUCAGUCAUGAAGACAUUCCUGAUGAUAAAGAACUUGAACUUGAGAGGCCUGUCACUCCAAUUGAUAAAAGCAUUGACUCACCAACUAUUGAACUUAAUGAGUUAGCCAACUUAGUACGGAGGAGGAUUGUAGCCGAUCCUAAUAUAGAGUAUUUAUCAGUGGAAGACCAGGAAGCAUUGGCUGCUAUUACUAUGGGAGAAGUAAAUGAUGUCUGGCCAGAUGUUAGAAAACAAGUAGAUGAUCCAUUUCUAACACCAUCACAAAACAGAGAAUUAAAAAGAAGAAUUACAGUGCAUAUUGUAACAGUCUGUCAACAGUUGUUUCAACAUUAUGUAGCUAAAGCUCAAAUACUGAAAAAAAGGGGUGUGUUUAGUGGGCCUGCUAAUAUGAGUCGUCUAAAAGCACAGCUUGGUCUAGAUGUCAAUAAAUUUUUAAAUAUUUUAGCAAUUCGUCGUCAUAUUGUUGCUGAUUUACGUGGAAAACGUGCAAGUUCUGAUGAUGAUUCAAGUGAAGAUGAAGUAAAAACUACAGUCUCUGCUGCACCACUGUCCUACAAAAAACUUAUUGAAAUUAGCCGUCCGAAGCGAAAAAAGAAAGGCCAGUUUAAACUGAAUCGAGAGAUUCGUGAUAUGGAACGACAGAUGCCAUACCUUGAAACACACAAGGUGUAUGACCUGCUUCCAGAUCUCAGUCAUUUCAUAAAGGAUGAAGAUGAAGAAGAGGAUACAGAAACUGUGUCAGAGAAGUUCUCUGAGAUGCCACCAUAUGGAAAAAGCAGUUCAAAAGAUAGUUUUCACCUGUCAGGGAAACUUGGUGAAGAACGAUCCGAGUUCAGACUACAUAAGUGUAAUUCCUUACCAGAUUUAGUAGGCUAUGAAACACUGGCUGAGGAACUCAGUUUAGAUGAAGAUGGUAGAACUAGUGUUAAAUCUUCCUAUCAUCCUGAUAUCUUAACAAGACCUUUCACUGUUGAUGAACCUGAGGAGGAAGAAAAAGAUGAAGAACUUGAUGUGAAAGGUAGACCAGACACUAGACAAAAAUUACAGCAAGAUUUGAUGAAAUUAUCACAAUAUCGAUCAAUGAGAGAAGCUAAAGAAGAACAACUAGAUGAAGAAGAUCUUCCACCGUUAUUACAAGCCAAUUCCACACACGGACAAGUAGAGGGCCGCAAAGAAAUGUUACAACAGCAGUUGAAGGAACUUGAAGAAAAAGAAGCCAGAGAAAAAGCAGAACAAAUGAUUAAGAUUCGUAAACCAACACAUCCGCAGCCUUCUACUAUAACAAAGAAGAUGCCAAACCAACAAGUUGUCAGAACAUCAGACAUUAGAGUAUCUGAACGCGUUAGUUUGUCAUCUGUUACAUUAGAAAUGAACACCACUGUCUAUAAUGAACUUGUGGGUGAUAUUGAUCCUCAUACAUUGAAAAGGUUGGACAGAAACUUAUUCUUUGGUCAAGAGAUAAAUGAGGUGUAUGAAGAAAUUAUGAAGACAUUACCAAAUGAUCACUUUAAACAUGACCAGGACGACUUGAUUGAAGCUACAGCUGAUCAGGUGAAUUUAUCUGUCCUCUUACCAUCUGCAAAUCUCAGUAAACACAGAAAAGAUCGCAUCAUGAAUCCUACUUUGAUAAGGAAUAUAGCACCACCAUGGGGGAAUGAAAAUGUUACAGAGUGGGCAAAAAGUCCAUUAAACAAUGCUGAUCAGUUAAGCAAACAACGAGCCGCUGUGGCCCCAACUCCAGCAUCAGGAAUGAUGUCAUUCCAAAACUAUGGUGCAACUAGUGGAGGAAGUCAAUAUGGAGAUGCAGCAGUAGGAGGGAAUAUAAUGGAUGCUCAGAGUUCUGUCAGUAUGCCAACAGGACAGGGAAUGAUUGAUGAUCAGAAUUCCAGAGCCUAUGCAUCUUGGUUAAGUUGGUGGAAAUCCACAAUUAAUUCAGAUGAUUAUAUGAAGUAUUUGUCAACUCAGGAAUCAGAUUAUUUAGGAGUUGCAUUUCAUUUCUAUGAUAGCGGUGAGGAUGAUAGUGAUGAUGAGAAAACUGGAAAAAAAGGACCCUCAACUGCAAGAUUAGAGAAAAUGAAAGAAAGGAAACAGAAAAUUGAUGAAAUGAAAGUUGAGAAGUCCACUUAUGUGCCCGGUUUGUGGAAUGCUAAUGCCGUGUUAAUGGGUGGAUUGGGAAAAGAUCCUGAAGUUCUAAUUGAAGAGGAGGAAGAGGAGGUGGAAGUGACACCACGCUCUGUUCGAUCAAGGCGGUCCAAGCACUCACACACAGCUGCAUCACGAAAGUCAUCAGAAGGUAAAGACAUGGGAGCUACACUGAGUGUUAAAGAUGUAGAUGCAUCACGGAUACACUCAUCAACUUCCAAAUUAUCCAGUACCGGUGGUUUAUCAGGAACACGAGUUGUCAGUCGUGCUAGCAGGUUAACAGAUGCUACAAGUGCAAAGUCACAAAGAGAAAGUAAAUUAAGCAUACCACUAUCACCACAAGACAGACUGGAAGCAAUCUGGUCAGCACUUCAAAUGCCAGAUAAUUUAAAACUAGAUAUGGCUAUUAAGUACAGUUCAGAUGAUUAUAUCAACCAACUGCCAGAAUCAAUCGAAGCUUGGGAAAAGGCAACAGAAAUAAUUUUACAGAGGGAAGCAUUAAUUGCAAGACUUGAGUCAUUUGAAAGGUUGGCAUCAGAUCCAGAUAGAUUCUUCCAAAAAGGUUACAGAGGUUCAUCAGUUGCUAGGUUACAAGAAGCCAAACAGAGAAGUCAGCUUUAUUCAGCUCUUGAUGAAAUAGACAAGCGAGUAAAGAAAAAAGUUAAUAUUGUGAAAGAUAAUUUUAAUGAUACUAUGACAUUCCAGGGACGUCCUUACAUAGACAAACUGAAAUAUGACCGAACUGAAAUGCUGUACUGGUUACAACAAGAGAGGCGACAAUAUGCAAUUGAGAGGGCAUCACUAGCACAGGAACUUCCAUUAAAGAUGGCUGAGUUGCCUUCUCUGUAG